AUGUCUACUACCAUCGUGGAGAAAGUUACUGACGCCGUCAAAGACGUUACUGCCGCUCUUAGCAACACCUCAAUUUCCGAUAAGCCCGCUGCCGCCGAGCCCACCACCGGUGCUGACAAGUCUGCCUCACCUGAUGCAGUCCUUGCCAGCGCCGCUGAGGGUCGCAGACUCUAUAUCGGUAACCUCGCAUAUGCGACGACCGAGGGGGAGUUGCAAGCCUUCUUCUCGGGAUACCUGAUCGAAUCCACCUCCAUCCCAAAGAACCCCCGUACCGAACGCCCUGUUGGCUACGCCUUUGUCGACCUCUCUACCCCCAGCGAGGCCGAGCGUGCCAUUGCCGAGCUUUCUGGAAAGGAGAUCCUUGAGCGCAAGGUCUCUGUUCAACUUGCCCGCAAGCCCGAGUCAAACGCCGAGAAGGCUGAGGGUGCUGCCAGCGGUGGUGAGGGUGUUUCGGGAGGGGAGAGCCGCCGUAGACAAUCUGGACGUGGACGUGGUCGCGGUCGCGGUCGUGGAGGCCGUGGCGGACGUAACCGUGGUGAAUCCCGAGGCGAGGAUGGUGCCGAGCUUCCAGCUGGAGAGGCCGCCCCGUUGACCGAUAUCACCAACACCACCGAGACCAAGGACAAGGAGGUCAAGGAGCCCAAGGAGAAGACCGAGAAGACCGAGAAGGCUCCUCGUCCUCCCCGUGAGAGACGCGAGCGUGGCCCUCCAGCCGAUGGAAUCCCAUCCAAGAACAAGGUCAUGGUGGCCAACCUCCCAUACGACCUUUCUGAGGAGAAGCUCAAGGAACUCUUUGCCGCCUACGAGCCAUCCUCCGCCAAGAUCGCCCUCCGCCCCAUCCCCCGCUUCAUGGUCAAGAAGCUCCAGGCCCGCAACGAGCCCCGCAAGGGUCGUGGCUUCGGCUUCGUUACCCUUGCCUCUGAGGAGAUGCAACAAAAGGCCGUUGCUGAGAUGAACGCCAAGGAGAUCGAGGGUCGUGAGAUUGCCGUCAAGAUCGCCAUUGACAGCCCAGACAAGACCGAUGACGAUACCAACGCUCCAGCUGCCGAGGCUGCUGCUGAGGACACCAACGGCACCAACGGCACCGCUGAGGCUACUCCUGCUUAA